AGGCUCUGGAAGGCAGGCUGCUGCCGGCUGCUGUUUACCUAGCCCAGGGUAAUGGGUGCUGGCCAGGUGUGUGUGUCCUGGAACGGCCAACCGGCACGGCGAUUAGCUUGAUGAAUGGACCAAUGGGAACUCUGAGGUGAGGCUUUAAAAGGAACAAAGACGGGGGCAUCUGAUGGCCAUCAGUUGAUCCUCCCUCCCGCCGCUCCUCCAACAUGGACGCCUCUCCCUCCAGCUCUCAGUACGGCUCCAAGAAGAGGGUGAAGAUCCACCCCAACGCCGUGUCGGUCAAGUACGCCACCCACUUCCCCCAGCCCGGCGACGAGGGCUAUGACGACGCCCCCUCCUUCGAGGACUUCGGCACCUUCGCGGAGGCCACGCCCCCGGCCAAGCGGCUGGCGGACGAGGCCAAAGGGGGCAGGACGUUGUUCGGCACCAUGGAGACCCAGCCGCCCAAGCUGCCGGCGCCGCCCCGGGACAAGGGGGUCGGGGGCCAGCUGGCCAGCUUCGGCGAGGCCAACGUGCUGGCCUCCAGGGUGACCUGGCUGGCCCUGUUCGGCGCGGCCGCCGCCCACGGCUGCGUGGCACUCAUCACGCGGCUGGCGGCCGACCGCUCCAAGGUGCCCUCGCUGGAGCUGCUGUUCAUCCGCUCCGUCAUCCAGGUGCUGUCCAUCCUGGUGGUGUUCUACCGCCGCGAGGCCCCCUUCGGCCCCAAGGGCUACCGGCUGCGGCUCUUCUGCUACGGCGUGUGCAAUGUCAUCUCCAUCACGUGCGCCUACACCUCCUUCGCCAUCGUGCCGCCCAGCAACGGCACCAUCAUGUGGCGGGCGUCCACCACCGUGUUCAGCGCCGUGCUGGCCUUCCUGCUGCUGGACGAGCGGCUGGGCUACACCGACGUGGUGACGGUGGUGGGCAGCGUGUUCGGCCUCUGCCUGGUCAUGGUGCCCAACGUGGCCGACGAGGAGAAGUCCCGCCUGGGCUUCUGGAAGGAGGCCUUCGGCUACACAAUGACAGUGACGGCGGGCCUGACGGCCGCGCUGUCCAUGAUCGUGUACCGCGCCAUCAAGGAGCGCGUCAGCAUGUGGACGGCGCUGUUCACCUUCGGCUGGACGGGCACGGUGUGGGGCGCGUCCACCAUGUUUGUCAUGCAGGAGCCCAUCAUUCCCCUGGACGGGGAGACGUGGGGCUACCUGAUCGGCAUCUGCACGUGCUCCACCGUGGCGUUCCUGGGCGUGUACUUCGCCCUCAACAAGUUCCACCCGGCCUUAGUGAGCACGGUGCAGCACCUGGAGAUCGUGGUGGCCAUGCUGCUGCAGCUGGCGGUGUUGCACAUGGUGCCCUCGGUGUACGACGUGAUCGGCGGUCUGGUCAUCAUGGCCAGCGUGUUCACGCUGACCGGGGUCAAGCUGUACCGGGUGAGCCGGGCCAUACGGCAGGACUACCAGGAGAUCCUCGACUCGCCCAUCAAAUGAGACCCGCUCCCCUGUUAUUUAUCAUUUUUGUUUGUCAGUCCGAUGUUUACAGUGUUGGUUCAUGUGCACAUUGUUUGAAGAAUGUCUGGACCUUCAUGCGUUGGUUUUUUUUGUAUUGUGUUGGUGGAAGAGUGCCAAUCAUUGUGUAAUGUCUUAAAUAGUUAAUUAAUCAGUUAAAUAAACUAAAGAGACGUGACGGUGAUUUUAUUAUUUGGUUUGUUUUCCGAUUGCCUUGCUUCAAAGGCAGUUUGUGGAACCCUGUGUGUGUUUUCAGUGUGGUCUAUUCUGUGUGGUUAUGAGUGUCUCAAAAUAUCUUAUUCUGAUGCAUCUUCUCCCCAAUCUAAUCUUCUUUCAGUUCCACCAGUUCCACACUAUACUCCUCUAUGGUUAAACAUAAAGGCUGUGCUUUUUAUCACAAAGGAGGACGACUACCUGCUUACAUGCAAUACACCGUCUGUGGUUCGUCAAUACAUGAAGAGAAUCAAUUAUAUCUGUGUCACCAAAAAUAACAUGGAACCAAGACCGAAGGAGUCCAUGGUUGCUUAGACUAGUUAAUAAGGUGCCUUCACCCAGUGGUUAAGUGUUGGCUAUUUUUAUGUAGCCCACUCUGCAUUUCAAUGUCAUUUGAAUGUGUUUGGCUUCUUGAUUUUGCACACAAUAAAUAUCUGUGGUGAAAUUCCAUAUUCAUAUAUUAAUAGACUACACUAGAACGACAUAGCCUGUAUGAUUAAUUCCCCCAGUACCAUUAUGUCAAAACUGUACACCGCCCUUUGCUCUAAUAGUGUGCUGUAUAAAAAAACACACUGGAAAACCAGUGAGUUUGUCUGUGCGUGUCUCCUGUUUACUUUCGUGCAGCUGGUAGAAGCUCAUGGCUAGAGGCGGUAGUGCAUUUAAACACCUUUUCUACUGAGCAGACAUGCCUGCAUUCUCUCGUUAGAGGAAGGCAAUUCCGUGGUUAAGACUGGGACGAUUGGAGAAACGCCAACUGAGGGAAUCAGUCUCUGCUUGGCCUCUCCAGCAAAGCAAAACUGCCAGAAAGAAAAUGACAUAAUAACGACAGGGGUUGAAUAGAUUUUGUGGUUGGAAAGUACAACAGCAUGAACGGUUCCCUGAGAUCCACUAGAUGGCACUCACGAACCAGUUUGCACCAAAAGAAACCUUCGAAUGAUCAAAUGGAGGUAUUUUCUGUCAUACAUACUGUACGCAUUGACAUUUUUUAUUGAGAUCAUGAAAUUUCUUGUGUAGUCAUAGCCUACGAAAGAAAUUUUGCAAUCUUUUUCAUGUAACGUUUGAGUCAGAGUUAUUCAGAGGCACAUAAAUUAUAAACGUUGUGGUAAGGUAAGUCAUUAUUCAGGCAAAAACUAUUCAAAUCAGCUGUAAA